AUGACCUAUCAGCAUGAGGACCUCGACGACCAUGCAGCAGUCCAAGACUUCGAUGUAACUGCGAACGGGGACAUACUACUCACCAACAAUCGAAACAAAUGUCUCAACGGCCACGCACAUCCCCAUGAAAUCAACAUACCAAGCAUCCCUGAUGACCCAAGUGCGGAACUCGUGUUGGUCGAACGCGAGGUGGCCCGAGUGUCUGCUAUCCUAGCAGGUCUCAGAAACCGCUCGCAUGAUCUCAAGGCGCGCAUUAAUACGCUCUACAGCGCAUUCAUCAAGAUGCUACCGCCAGAGAUCGUCUCGGAGAUCUUCCUCUUCUGCCUCCCAGUCGAAGAGUCGGAUCCGGAGAAGAUGCCGAAGAGCAGCUCAGAACCACUGCGGCUUGCAGCGGUGUGCACAGUGUGGCGCAGGAUCGCCUGGUCAACACCAGCUCUCUGGGCAGACAUAUUCCUGCACAUUACGUCUUUCGUCAGACUACCGACGCAGGUCCUCCUUUUGCAGGAGUGGCUUUCGCGUUCCGGCCAGCUCCCCCUCUUCAUACAACUUAGUUGUUCGGCGGACAUGUCGUGGGUGAACGUCAGUCCCGAGGAGGUCAUGAAGACGAUCGCCGAAUAUGCGUCUCGAUGGCGCAGGCUCGAUGUACGUCUCCCAUCUGCAUGCUACGAAUAUCUCCCCCCUUCGGAUGACACGCAUUCCCUCCCUCUUCUCCAAAGCCUCUACCUCAAACCCCCAGGUGGUCAAGGCGAUCGUUUGCACCGCGUUACCAUCCAUAACUCACCCGAACUCACCCACCUCUCUCUGACGUGCCUCUACCUUCGCUCCAUCAAGUUCCAAUGGGAAGUCCUGACAAGCCUCAACCUCGAAUCCUUCUACAUCGACGAGACGCUCGAAAUGCUGCGCCAAACGCCAAGACUAGUCGAUUUCACCCUUCGACGGAUACUCGGAGGAGACGACAGGCAUACGCUGCCGGAGGACUGCAUCAUCCUCCCCGCACUAGAACACCUGAACAUUGUCAACGACAAGGGAGCCGAUCUACAGGCGCUCAUCAACAAGAUCACGACACCUGUCCUACGCAAGUUGGCAUUUUCCUCUGAAGGAUCCCUCCCUCCCCCCAUACAAGAUUUCGUCACCCUCAUAUCGCGCUCUGCCUGUGCUCUCGAGAGCCUGUCUUUCACCGAAUGCGGCCUACUAGAACAACGUCUCCUUAUCCUCCUGCGGGCAGUACCAUCCUUGACGUCGUUCAAGUUAGACAUGCCCGUGGGGGUUCUGAACAAUUCACCCUUGACAGACGCCGUGCUCCGCGCGUGCGAUCCCGCCUAUGCUCAAGCCGAGAAGGUUGCGUGUCUGCUACCGCUCCUCGAGGAAUUGACGUAUUCCGGCACCCAGGUGUUUACGUGGCCGUGCCUCACCCAGAUGAUUCACUCCAGAACGUCCCAGCCACCAAUCCAAUCUGGUCCAAGUUCAACAACCCAGGGUGUUACGGCGUCGAAACUGAAAGUGGUUCGGCUUUGCUUGACCCAUUCCACGCCGGAAGAAGCAGACGCGAUUCCUGAUCUCAAAGCAAUGUACGCGAAUAAGAGCGUUGAAGUGCACCUCGAGGUGAUCAUGAGCCCUCAAGUGAUUGCCAACGACCAAAAUGCCACGGCUUGA